CACAUGGGUUUGAAUUCUUCUAUUAGAUUUCACAUCAAACGCGUGAACUUGCUUCCCAGAAAAUUCUGGAAAACUAUCAGUAGAUCAAAAGAGACUAAGAAAAAUCCACUAUCUCCAUUGUUUAUCAGAGCCAAAAAUAUAGGAGGGAAUAACUGAGAAAAGCAAAUAUUAUGGAUUCAAUUAGGGUCUUGAGCAGCAAAAUUUUGUUAUUAGAGAAGAAUGCUCAAGUAGGUAGCUAUAGAUUUAUUUCCGCCAAUUUACCUGUGCAAGUCUUAGGGAUUGAUAAAUCAUACCAGACUCGUUUUUUUUCUCUCCCUUCAUUGCGCACUAGUUCUUCUUUCAUGGCAUUGCGGAGAGGGGUUUCGAGAUCUAGGAAAGUCGCUGGAAAAUCUACGUCCAUAAAUAGAAGUGCUGAAACUGAAAGUGUCACAGUAGAGCGCAUUAAGGAAUAUGAGAUUAAUGGUGAAGUAGUACUGCAGAAGGUUGCUUUUCUCAACCUUACAGACUACUCUGCAACACUGGCUGACGAAGCUUCUGAGUUGAUGGGGAAAAAAGUUUCUCUUCAGCUCGUGAGCAGCGAUCAAAUUGAUCCGGAAACGGGAUUGGGAAAAACUGUUGGGCAGCCUUCGUAUCUAAAGUGGAAUCCAUGGGACGGACCCGUUUCGAGGGAGACACGCUACACAGUCGACUUUAAGUGGAACUCUGCGCUUGGUUUUCCGGGUGCAUUUGUCAUAAAAAAUAUGCACAGCCGAGAGUUCUUUCUGAUAUCGCUCACCAUAUCCAUUCCUGAUCAGAGGAAAGUUCGUUUUCAAUGUAAUUCAUGGAUAACCCCUUCUCCGCUCAACCCUAAUGACCGUGUUUUCUUCGCCAAUAAGAGCUUUCUUCCGGAGGAAACCCCAGUGGGUUUGAGGAAGUUCAGGGAGUUAGAUUUGAUAUCCCUCCGAGGAGACGGAACGGGAGAAAGGAAGGUGUCUGAUCUGAUAUACGAUUAUGACGUCUACAACGAUAUUGGGCAGCCAGAGAAAGAUCUAGAGCUACGGAGGGAAGUGCUGGGUGGAUCGCAGGAAUUCCCUUAUCCCAGGAGAUGUAGAACUGGUCGUCCACGCGCGGAAACCGCCCCAGAAUUCGAGACCCGAACAAGCUCCAUCUUUGUACCGCCGGACGAAAGGUUUCCUUACACAGACUUUUCUGACUUUGGGGCUCACAUAAUCACGGCAGUUUCUAACGCGAUAAUUCCCACUCUCUCUAAUCUCUUCGACUACGCCUUCGAAUCAUUCGAGGGAGUCAGUGAGCUUUACAAACGGGGAUUGAAAAGCGCCUAUAACUGUCGCUGGAAACUCCGUCAAGUUAAUAACCCACUCCACUUUAUCCAGGGACUCGUCGACGAUCUGACGGAAAGCCUUGAGCUCAUAAAUUUCAGCCGUCCACAAAUUGUCGAAGUUGAUGAGCUUGCAUGGAGAACCGACGAGGAGUUUGCACGCCAAACACUUGCAGGCGUGAAUCCACUGGUGAUUCAGUGCCUAGAGAAAUUUCCUCCCUCCAGUAGCUUAGAUGAAAAGGUGUACGGCCCACAGAAGAGUUUCAUAGCAGCCCAACACAUAGAACACAACCUUGAAGGCCUUUCUGUGGAUCAAGCCACUGCAUUGAAAAGGUUGUUUAUUGUGGACUACUAUCAUGCUUAUAUGCCCUACAUCGAACGCAUCAAUAAGCUUUCGGAAGAUGUGAAAGCAUAUGCAAGCCGCACGGUUUUUUUUCUCACCAAGGAAGGAACAUUAAAGCCAGUCGCCAUAGAGCUGUGUUUGCCACCAAUUGAUGAGAAAGCAGCCCUAAGAAAAGUUUUUACACCAGGCGAAUAUGGGACAGAAGAAGGAGCAGUUUGGCAGCUGGCCAAAGCCCAUGCUAGAGUCAAUGGUGCAGCUUACCAUCAGGUCAUCAGCCACUGGCUAAGAACUCAUUGUGUCACAGAACCUUUCAUUAUAGCUACCCACAGACAACUAAGUAAAAUGCACCCAGUAUACAAAUUAUUGAUACCCCAUUUCCUCGAUACCAUGGACAUCAAUCAGGCUGCUCGCCAGAGCUUGAUAAAUGCAUCGGGUAUUAUUGAACAAGGCUUUACCCCUGGCAGAUAUUGUAUGGAACUGUCAUCUAAAGCCUACAAACAGUGGAAAUUCAAUGAGCAAGGAUUAGAAGCUGACCUAAUUAAAAGGGGAAUGGCAGUCCGGGAUCCAAACGCACCGAAUGGUUUGAAGCUUGUGAUCGAGGACUAUCCAUAUGCUGUAGACGGCAUUGAAAUAUGGUUUGCCAUAAAGCAAUGGGUUUCAGAUUACUUGUCCCUGUACUACAAGGAUGAUAUCACAGUAAAAGAGGAUAAGGAAUUGCAGGCUUGGUGGAAGGAAAUAGUAAAUGUGGGGCAUGGAGACCUCAAGGACGAUCCCAGUAGAUGGUACAAGAUGGAAUCUUUGAAUGAAGCAGUCCAAAUAGUGGCAACUAUCAUUUGGACUGCAUCUGCUCACCAUGCUGCUGUAAACUUUGGGCAAUACUCCUAUGGAGGUUACAUGCCCAAUUUGCCCACCAUGAGCAGGCGCUUGGUUCCAGAGAAAGGAACUCCUGAAUAUGAUGAACUCCUUAAGGACCCAGAUGCAUUUUUCCUCAAGACUGUGUCUACUCCAACGCAGGCAACCAUCAUCAUGGCUGUUUUGGAAAUUUUGUCAAAGCAUUCUAAACAUGAGGUAUACGUGGGACAGUUGCAGGGGUCUACUAUGGACAGAGUAGAUGACCCACGUGUGGAAGAAGCGUUCGCGAGGUUUUCAGCAAACAUGACAAAGAUUGAGAGGAAUAUAAUCGACAGAAAUAAUAACUGUGAAGUUUAUAAGAACAGGGUUGGACCUGCAAAAGUUCCUUAUACUUUACUUUACCCUGACACUACUGAUUUAUCGAAAUCAGGUGGUCUUACAGGCCGGGGAGUGCCCAAUAGUAUUUCUAUCUAACAGAAUGAAAACAUCUAAUAAUUUAUAACCCGUCAUUUGACCAUUUACCAUUCUCCUUAAAAUUGCAGAUCGUGCUCAAAAUUGUCAAGUGACAUGGCCAUAUAAUGAAUACCGUUCCUAUGGGUGCUUACAAUGGAAUCAGAGAAUGCAUAUUUUCUGGUAGAGUAGAGUAGAGUUGAGCUUGGAUACUACGAAGAUAAUCCGUACUUCCAUUUCUGUCUGUUUCACUUUUCGCUAUUCUAUUUUCGAGUUUGUGCCUUGCAAUAUUUGCAAAGUAAAACUAUGUGAAAUUCAGAUUUAUGUAGUUUCACCAUAGUAAUUAAUACUCUAAAAUGUAGAGGGAAAUAAUUUUCUA